CCAAUACUAGGUUAGGAGCUUGCAGGGCGGCCCGCCACGUUUGGCUAUCACUAAAGCCGCACUUUGCGGGGUAAUUAUAGCAGAGGACAUUUCGAUGGGAGACCAUAAAUCCUGCAACAGCGCUGGAAUCCAGGCGAACUAUCAGGCGAUGUCUGCAUAAUCCAGAGCUACAGAGCGUCAGCUGCAUCAUUCUUGGAAUAAAGAAUAUUCGAGAACCUCAAAAUCGAUCUACUGAGUCAUACCGAUGACUUUGUUAUCAUCAUCUUUAAUUGGAUGACAGGAGAACACAACAGAUCCGGGCAUAGUCACAGAAUGAAGUAUCGUGGCGGAUAUAAUAUCAAAGACCUUCGGAACGAUUUGGAGGGUGGCCUAGGAUGGGCACACUCAACUGAAAGUGUCGCGCACUAUUUGGAAACAGUUAUUCCCACGGUGCUCGAAGCCAAAAUCAAAGGUUGCUUUCGACACACGUCUAGUCAAGACAAAACGGACCCGAAAAAAGUUGUCACUUCUUCCUUCUACAAAUCUAGAGGCGGCAAGCUGGCCACUUGCCAUGCCCAUGGGGACGGUACAUGGAGCAUCGCCUUCACUCGCCUAGGCAAAGAAGAGCUAGCAAAGCACGCUUCGGAGACGAUCAAUAGCAAACAACUCGACGUGCAUGUCCGGGCAGAGGUCAAAGAUGAUGGCCUAUAUCACUAUGGUGAAAUGAAGAAUAAGCCACUCGCUUGUCGUGGUCAUAUCUCGCUCAACAGUGAUGAGGCACAUCGGAUGCACCACCUCGACGAUCAAGCACAAGUUGAAGUGAUCGAUACGUCAACGACAAUUAUGACUACGGUGCAGACCUCGAAAAAGAGCUCCAACGUAGGUUCUCAGGAUGCCACUGGCGGGGCACGAGGAGCACCAACACACUGGACUCAUGAACAGCAGAUCCGGAAUCAAUUGAACACAGAGCAGACUCAGUUAGCAACCGACCUGGAUAGGGACGGUUUAACGAAAAAA